AUGAUUCAAAGGUUUCCACCACAGGCUUCCCUAGGGUUUUCUCCACCGCGGUCUCCACAGGCUUUACCGGGGUCUUCUCCACCACAGACCUCCCCAGGGUUGUCUCCACCACGGUCUCCACAGGCUUCCCCAGUGUUUUCUCCAGGGUCAACACCACAAGUUUCUGCAGAGUCUCUACCACAAUUUUCCCCUGGGUCCCCUCCAGGGAGUCCACCAGGCAGUCCUUUGACGUUAGAGUCUGACCUGAGGGUGGUACUCCGCACUCUCCAGGAAAGAGUUAAUUUUGAGGAACUGCCACCCACAGCUAAUAGAAUAAAUGUUGUAAGGGGAGACGUCCUCGAAUGUGCAUUCAGGGCGUUCAGAAGAAGGCAGUUUGACCCAAAAUUAAAACUGGACAUAGUCUUUGUAGACACGUGUGGCCAGGGAGAAGGAGCUGUAGACGGUGGGGGACCCACCAGAGAAUUUUUGACCCUUCUCAUGAAAGAACUAAUGAACUCACGUUUUUUUGUGGGCCCUGUGUGGAGGAAAAACCUUGGACUGGAUUCUAUAGAUACAACAAGCAAAAACAGUGGAGGAAACAAGGGAUGCUGUAGAAGAGGCAGCCUCCAAUCUGGCACUCUUAGGGUCCUUGACUGUCGUCCGGUCACUAAGUGACCGUGAUGACAUUUUGGACUCCUCUUUACAGUAUUAUCUAGAGGGUAGACUAGAAGCACCUUUGAGACAGUAAGUGUUUUUAUUGUGACAGUUGUUUCCUGUACAUA